AUGUGGAAGUGUUGCUGGGCCCGCAUGCGCUUCAAACCAGAGAAAUCCAGGUCUCUAGUCCUUAAGGGAGGGAAGGUGACUGACCGGUUCAGCUUCUUCCUUGGAGACACCCAGAUUCCAUCCGUCACAGAGAAGCCUGUGAAAAGCCUGGGGAAGAUCUUCGACUGCUCCCUGAGGGAUACAGCUUCCAUCAGGGCCACCAAUGAACAACUCGAUGGCUGGCUAAAGGCAGUGGACAAAUCUGGUCUCCCGGGGAAGUUCAAGGCAUGGGUGUACCAGCAUGGCAUCCUGCCCAGGAUAUUAUGGCCAUUGCUGGUGUAUGAAUUUCCCAUGUCCACCGUGGAAGGGUUUGAGCGGAGGGUCAGCAGCCACCUCCGACGCUGGCUGGGGCUCCCUCGGAGUCUCAGCAGCCUUGCCCUCUACGGCAACAACAACAAGCUGAACCUACCAGUCAAGGGCCUCACGGAGGAGUUCAUGGUUGCCAGAGCAAGGGAGGUCCUCCAGUACAGGGAAUCGAAGGACCCAAAGGUGGCUCAAGCUGGCAUUGAGGUCAGGACAGGCAGAAGGUGGAGGGCGCAAGAGGCGGUGGACCAGGCUGAAGCUCGGCUGUCCCACAAAGAGCUUGUGGGAUCUGUGGCCACUGGCCGGGCAGGACUGGGAACCGUACCAACUACCCACCUCAGCAGGCUCCGGGGCAAGGAUAGGCGGGACCGGGUCCAACUUGAGGUGCGGGCUGGAGUCGAGGAGCAGCGUGCUAGCCAGUGGGUGGGGCUAAGGCAACAGGGCGCGUGGACCAGAUGGGAGGAAGCCAUGAACAGAACCAUCUCAUGGCCGGAGUUGUGGAAGGCGGUACCGCUCCGCAUAAAAUUCCUCAUCCAGUCUGUUUACAAUGUCCUGCCCAGCCCUUCAAACCUCUUCCUUUGGGGCAAGGUUGAAGCUCCAUCAUGUACCUUGUGCCAGGGAAGGGGAACGCUUGAACACAUCCUCAGCAGCUGUCCUAGGGCACUUGGAGAUGGUCGCUACCGCUGGCGCCACGACCAAGUACUGAAAGCAGUUGCUGAGUCCAUCCACUGUGCCGUCGAUUACAGCAAGCGCUUACCACCACCGAGGCACGGGAAGGCAUUUGUGAAGGCUGGGGAAAAACCCCCUCCCCAACCAAAGGCCCAAACAGGACUGCUGGGAACAGCUAAGGACUGGCAGCUGAGGGUGGACUUAGGAAAACAGCUGAAGUUCCCCGAGAGCAUCUUGAAAACCAGCCUGAGACCAGACAUUGUGCUGCAAUCUGAGUCUUCCAAGCAGGUUAUCAUGUUGGAGCUGACGGUGCCUUGGGAGGAGAGGAUGGAGGAAGCCAGUGGGAGGAAGAGGGAGAAAUAUGCAGAGCUGGUGGAGGACUGCCGCAACAGGGGGUGGCGAGCAAGAUGCUUGCCCAUUGAAGUCGGGGGAAGGGGCUUUGCAGGGAAGUCACUCUGUAGAGCCUACAGUCUCCUAGGCAUCACAGGGGCAAGGAAGAGGAGAGCCAUCUGCUCAGCUACAGAGGCCGCUGAGAAAGCUUCUCGGUGGCUGUGGAUCCAGAGGGACAAGGCGUGGACGAGCGCUUCUUGGACACAGGCCGGGAGCUGAUCACUCCCGGUCGGGUCGCCUGGGUGAGGGGGUCUGAAGUUGA